GUUGCUUCCCUGGAUUCCUCAGCACAUAUAACUUGAAGUCCCUUACGGAAUGCGCGCGCCAGACCUGAAGGAUCUUCCAAUCGACCGUGUAUCCCCAACCCCGUUGAAUCGCGACCCAGAUGUCGCCUACGCCUCAACCUCGCGUUUGUCUCGUUACCGGCGCAUCGUCGGGCUUCGGCUUCGCCCACAACUCGGACACGAGCCCGACCCAAGGCCUUGCGCGAGAUCAUCGGCACACCCAAUCACCCCGCCAUGCCACCGUUAGGCGACACGAAUAAAGCGGUGGAGGCGAUAUGGAAGGUUGCCGCGUUAGACAAUCCGUCGGAGCGAUUGCCACUUGGGAAGGAUUCGGUCAACGCUAUUCGUGAAAAGCUGGAGGGUCAACUGAAGGAACUUGCGUUAUACGAGAGCCGGUCGGAUGAUCUAGUGAUGGUACCUUUGCCAGAGGCGAACCAGUUAUGCGCCAGAACGUGCUGAGGCGCAGCGUGAACUUAGUACUGAUCAAGUGCCUCGAUAUCAGUACAUUGCAUGUGCAUCCAAUUUUUGUCACAUGGAAACAGCUGUCCCGUGCCCUUCGCAGCUACUCGUAGCCGAACAUUGCGGCCAUCAAAUUAACCCAGAACUGCUUCAACGUUAUGCUCGACAAGAGACUCAACAGAACGUUAUUUGGAUUCCAGCGUUCGUUCCGACGCACUCGAGCGGGUUAACGACGUCGAUGCCGUCGGCUUGAGGGCAUUCGCCUGCAGAAGGGCAGUUCUCGUGUUGGCCAUUGCAUGUCCCGCCUCCAAUGAAGGCGAACGACAUCGGAAUGCUGAUCCAACAUUGAAGGAUUGCCUAACCACAGCUGACUGAGCGGAGAACUCACAACUGUCCCUCGACCACGAAACCGGCCAAAUUCUCGUUCGGGGCGUCGUUACUGAGCGCGAAAUCGACAGCGCUGCAGUCAACGCCGGGACUGACGCAGCUGUUGCCCGGUAUGCUACUUUCAAACCAGGCGAGGCCUCCAAGCACCUGUCCCUGGAUGGUCGUCGACCCCUGAACAUUAUCGCUUCCCUCGAAAAGGAAGACGGCGGAGCCAAUUCCACAGUUGUUAAUCAGCUAGGGCAUCCCAUGAAUACACGAGGAUAGUAGCCGAGGACAAGUAGAGGACAAGAUGCAUACGGAGAUCUGGUGGAACUCCUGAGCCGCGGCGAUUUCAGCGGAGGCAGCGACAAAGGUUACGACAAUGAGGGCGAGCAUCAUAGAUCACCUUGAAUAGAAGUAUUCCUUGGAUGCCGCUUGGGACGUGCGUAUG